AUCUCCAUCUCCAAUUCCGAACCCGCCGCCGCUCAGUCGUCAGCGUCUCUCUCACCACCGCAGCACCCCACCCCCACACCGGCCGAAAUCAAUCCCGCCACCAUUCAAUUCAUCUUCUCUACUUUCCGCCGCCAUUAUCAACCUGCCACCCCAUCAGCUGAACUAAAAGCACAUCAUUUUGCCGAUUGAUUUUUUCAAAUUCACCGACUCCGCCGCCACAUCUGUCGCUUCUAGUCGCGGCCUCCAUGGAUCCUUUCGCCCCUUACUUGUUGAUCAAGCUCUUUCUCUAGCUCAACUCAACGAGCCUUUUACGAGCCGAGCUCGAGCCCAAAAUAGACGAUCCGAGCUCGUUUCCAGCCCGAUUUAAUGGCUUUUGAGCUCUCUGUGUUUGUUGAUUAGCUCAAACUAGGGCAAUUUUGGGGCUGCAGCAUCCGAGAGAACAAAGCGUUCAUUUGAGGGUUUAGGGAUAAGAUUAUGCUUUAGACGAUUUGAUUUUGAAGAUGGAUCGACUCAGUGAGUUGCCCGACUCUGUUAUAUUUCACAUAUUUUGGUUGUUGCCUAUGAAUGAAGUUGUUAGGACAACAAUUCUGUCAAAGCGCUGGUUAAACCUCUGGACCACCACCCCUUUCCUUAAUUUUGAUGAAUCUAAAUCUGAUUCACAAUUUAGUACUACAGAUAAAUUUCGACACUUCGUUCACCAGGCUUUAUUAUGCUGGGAUGGGGUAAAGGUUCUGAAAUUAAAGGUUGUUGCGAAUUAUGACGAAUCAGGUGGAGAUGUUGAUUUGUGGGUCCGAUUUGCCAAGAAAUAUGAAGUCGAAGAAUUAUACUUGCAUAGUCUGAUGACAGACUUGUCGUGGACUGAGGAAGAUCACCAAGUACCAUGGGUGCCACUGUAUCUGUACUCAUGCUCAUCACUUAAAAUGUUAUCGAUCGAGAAUUGUUACUUUAGAAUUAAGGGGAAUGUGCAGUGGAAUCAACUCAAGAGCCUGAGAAUUAUUAAUUGUUUUGGGGUCACUGAAGAUGUGAUUAAUCAAAUAUUGCGUGGCAGCCCUCAAUUGGAAGUCUUAACCAUGUCUUUUGAAUGGAAAGCUCAAAGCUUGUGUAUCCGAUCCACUAGUUUGAAAGAGUUGUCGAUUUACAAUGAUCUUUAUGAUGACGAUGAAGCAUCUACUUAUAGGGAGCUGAGUAUUUGGACCCCAAAUCUUAAAGCACUAAAAAUUAAAGGAAUUCCAUAUAACAAGUGCUUGUUGAUGAAUGUCUCAUCUUUAACCCAUGCAACUAUUGAGUAUUCUUAUGUACAUUGGUAUAAUGAUGAAUACUGUGACAAAUUAUCCAUGAACCAUAUUGGAGAUUUAUUUGGUCAAAUUCUUCCAAGCAUCCAACACGUUGAAAACGUCACAUUGUUGUCCUGCUGCGUCAAGGUGCUUGGAGCUAUGAUAGAGAGAUGCAUGAAUUCAUCCUCUCCUAAUGUCAAGUCCUUACGGCAAAGAUUUCAUUGCUCUAAAUUUGUAGGUAUGAUUGAGAUUUCCCCUCUAUUAAAGAAGUUAUUCAUUGAAGUUGGAGAAUGUGUCCCGUCCUAUGAUUACCGUGAUUCACUGCGGACUGAUUCUAACGUCUACCUCCAGCUUGAAAAAAAUCUUCCUAUGUCGUUUGUGCUAGAGUUGAGGAAAGUUGAGGUUACUUUGGUUGAGGGUGACAUCUUAUUUCCAUUUCUAGAGUUUCUGUUGAAAAAUGCGAGUAAGCUAGAAAAGAUUGUGUUUCGAGUAAAAAGAACCAUGUCACCUUCACACCAUUCUAACUCCUUGCGUUUAGCGUCAAAGAGGCUGCUGAGAAUGCCAAGAUCCUCCCUAGCUGCACGGUUCACUUUCAGUGAAUAUUGAUCUUACCAAGUUAUAUCUUCAAUCAUAGAGGAAUACAGCAUGAUUCCUGGUAAUUGAUAGUCUUCUUAGAUGUUCAAGUAGUUUGCAAUUUUAAUGUCUUCUGUUUCAUUUUGGGGAUUAUACUUGCUUAUUCAGGGAAGCAGAGCAAUUUGACACUUUUGGAUUAAGUUGAUGCUCUUUUCAUUUGUAGCACACUUGUUUACUCCUUAUUGUUAUGGAUGAAAUCUAGAUUGUUGUUUAUCUUGCUUUA